AAUAUUACACCUCCCAUACAUUCCACUGGUGAAUUCCCCCAGCUUCUCCAUCAUGGUAUGAAUGUGGGGUCCUUGCCACAUAAUGAGUCAUAUUUGUUGGCUCAGCAGAAUGGCAGCCCAGCUAAUGUGCUAGAAGCAUCGAUGAGAUCCAUUACUCCUCAAAUUAAUGGGAAGUCCUCUAGUGAUGACUUUGAGCAGCUGAUCAGAAAUAUGUCCCAGGGUCGUCUUGUUGAGACCAUUGAGCUUAUUAAACCUUUAAGCGGUGGUCUGGGCUUCAGUGUCGUGGGACUCAAGAGUGAAAACAGGGGAGAACUAGGAAUAUUUGUGCAAGAAAUCCAGGAGGGAAGUGUGGCACAUAGAGAUGGAAAGCUGAAGGAAGCAGAUCAAAUCCUUGCUAUUAACGGACAAGCCCUUGAUCAGACAAUUACACAUCAACAGGCUAUCAGCAUCCUACAGAAAGCAAAAGAUAAUGUCCAGCUAGUUGUGGCCAGGGGCACUUUCCCUCAGCUCAUCAGUCCUGUAGUUUCCCGGUCUCCAUCUGCUGCUAGCACAGUUUCAGCCCAUUCCAACCCGGUUCACUGGCAGCAUGUGGAGACUAUUGAGUUGGUGAACGAUGGCUCUGGUCUGGGAUUUGGGAUAGUGGGAGGAAAGUCAACUGGCGUGAUUGUUAAAACCAUCCUCCCAGGAGGGGUUGCUGAUCAGCAUGGGAGAUUGUGUAGUGGAGACCACAUCUUGAAAAUCGGUGAUACGGACCUGGCUGGAAUGAGCAGCGAGCAGGUGGCACAAGUUCUGAGGCAGUGUGGAAAUCGAGUGAAACUGGUAAUUGCAAGAGGUCCUAUUGAGGAGCCACCUCCACCAGCAGUCCCUCCAGGUACACCAGUACCCAUCUCCACACCAGAGAAACAGGCAGAUGCUUCUGUUGAUAGCUGUGAAGAUGGGGAGAAAUUUAAUGUUGAACUCACUAAAAACAACCAGGGAUUAGGAAUAACUAUUGCUGGUUACAUUGGAGACAAAACGUCAGAACCUUCUGGUAUCUUUGUGAAAAGCAUUACAAAAGGCAGUGCUGUUGAACAUGAUGGCAGAAUCCAUGUGGGAGAUCAAAUUAUAGUUGUGGAUGGAACAAAUCUUCAGGGUUUUACUAACCAGCAAGCAGUUGACGUUUUGCGGCACACGGGACAAACGGUUCGGCUCACUUUGAUCAGAAGAGGGCUUAAGCAGGAAAAUCAUAUUCAGCCCCAGGAGGACUUCAGUGCUGCUGUUGAAAAGGACUUACUCUUCCAAACAAUGGAUAGUAGCACAGCCAAAGAUUUCCAGCUAAAUACUACAGAAGAAGCAGCUACGAAGGCAAAGUGGCAGAGGAUUAUGGGUUCGAAUUAUGAAAUAGUGGUGGCUGUAGUUAACAAAUUUAGCGAAAGCAGUGGGUUAGGGAUAAGCCUUGAAGCUACAGUGGGACAUCAUUUCAUCAGAUCUAUCUUACCAGAGGGGCCAGUUGGACGAAGCGGCAAGCUGUUCAGUGGAGAUGAGCUGCUGGAAGUGAAUGAGAUCUCUUUGCUUGGAGAAAACCACAAGGAUGUGGUCAAUAUCUUGAAAGAACUGCCUAUUAAGGUGACAAUGGUGUGCUGUCGUCCAGUAUCUCCCCCCAUCGCUCACCCAGAAGUACUGGAGAGUCUAAGUCUAUCUGAGGUUCAGCUCACAGAAAAGGCUCACAUAAAACUUGGAUUCAUUGGCUUCUCAGACACAGAGGGAACAGCUUUGGAAAUAGCUGACGAGGGUCAGAGUGUGGAAGAGAUGCAAAGCUCAUCUUUGGCGAUGUGGGAAACAGAAGUACAGCACAUUGAGCUGGAGAAAGGGAGUAUGGGACUUGGAUUUAGCAUAUUGGACUACCAGGAUCCUGUUGAUCCAGCAAACACCGUAAUUGUGAUUCGCUCAUUAGUUCCUGGGGGUGUGGCCGAGCAAGAUGGCAGACUUCUUCCUGGAGAUCGGCUUAUGUUUGUCAACGAUAUCAACUUGGAAAAUGGCAGCCUGGAGGAAGCGGUACAAGCACUGAAAGGAGCCCCAGCAGGAACAGUUAAAAUAGGAGUUGCCAAACCACUGCCCCUUUCACCAGAGGAGGGCUAUGUCUCUACUAAGGAAGAUUGCUUUUUCUACACUGCCCAGUCAUUUGAGGAGGAGGGGCCAGCUGAUGCAGCCCUCUUCCAUGCUGAGCUGGCUCUGGUGGACUCCGGCGAGGCAGAUCCAGUGGAUGAGUCCACCUUUGAAUCGCAGUAUUCGCUAGAGAGUGACGUCUUCCAGGCUUCAGUGAUAGCUCUGCAUGGCAGUGCCUGUAGCGGUGAGCUGAACUACAGCUUCUCUCUUCCAUUGUCAACUCCCAAGUCUGUUGGAGAGGAAUGUUCAAAUGCUGCAGCUGAUUUCCCUGUAUCUGACAAGAACCUGUGCAACAUGGAUCUGAAUCAGAGAGUGAGAGAGCAAAAGUCCGUAGUGGGCAAUAGCCUGGAAGCUGCAACUGGUUUUACUAAAAAGGAUCUUCCGCCACUGGAUGUUUCGGAUAUCAACCAAAACGAAAGUGAAAACACAGUAAUAUGGACUGGAUCUCAGACCACAGCAGAAAUCGCUACUACCAUGCAGCUUGAUCCCACUGGAAAAGAUCAAGUGCUUUUAAUGGACAAGAGAUGCCCAGUAUCUUUGGAGGGAAGUUCCACAACAGUGAAAAACAUGUAUGAGAAGACUAUCACUAUUGCAAGAGGCAAUUCAAGUCUAGGGAUGACAGUAAGUUCCAAUAAAGAUGGCUCAGGAAUGAUAGUCCGCAGUGUCAUCCAUGGAGGCUCGAUAAGUCGUGAUGGACGGAUUGGUGUGGGGGACUGCAUCCUGUCGAUUAAUGAAGAGUCAACCACAAACUUAACCAAUGCACAAGCUCGGGCUAUGCUAAGGAGGCAUUCGCUCAUUGGACCAGAUAUAAAUAUUACCUAUGUGCCAGCAGAAAAUUUAGACGAGUACAGGGCCAGUUUGGGACAACAGACAGAGGGAGCUGUGCCACUUGAACUUUUUCCUUCACAUACUGUCAGGGAACUCCCAGAGCUUCCAGAACGUGAAGAGGGGGAGGGAGAAGAAAGUGAACUUCAAAAUGCAGCUUUCAGUAAUUGGAACCAGCCCAGAAAGGUUGAACUCUGGAGAGAGCCUAGCAAGUCACUGGGGAUCAGCAUUGUUGGAGGACGAGGAAUGGGGAGCCGCCUGAGUAGUGGAGAAGUGAUGAGAGGGAUCUUUAUCAAGCACAUCCUGGAAGACAGCCCAGCCGGCAAAAAUGGAACGCUGAAAAGGGGAGAUCGGAUCGUGGAGGUGGAUGGGAUUGACCUCAGAGAUGCCAGCCACGAACAAGCUGUGGAAGCCAUACGGAAGGCAGGCAAUCCUGUAGUCUUUAUGGUUCAGAGCAUUAUAAGCAGACGAAGGCCAGAGUCUCUUUAUAGCCCUUCUUCAGCUUCUGCUCCCUGUGGGCAGAAAACUACUAACCCAUUUUAUCGUCAGUCAUCUAAGAACCCUUCCCUGCCUUUCCCGCAGAACAGUCUUUUCUGUAGGCCAGCUGUCUUCAGCAGCACUAACCCGUUCGCUGAUUCUUCUCAGUUCAGCACUAACAAGGUAUUUGGUCAGUCCGAUUUAGAGGCAGAAAAGACUUCGCUUUGUAACUUGCCCCUGCCCCCUCCUUCAGCAUUUUCAGGAAUGAGCUGUGAUGUUGCACAGUCGUCUUCUAGCAGAGUCCCCGAGGAUGUGGAGAAGGAGGAUGAGUUCGGUUACAGCUGGAAAAAGAUCAUGCAGCGCUAUGGAAAUCUACCGGGGGAGCUACACAUGAUUGAGCUGGAAAAAGGAAGGACAGGUCUGGGACUUAGUCUUGCUGGUAAUAAAGACCGAUCCAGGAUGAGUGUCUUUAUAGUGGGAAUUGAUCCAAAUGGAGCUGCUGGCAAAGAUGGCAGGUUACAGAUUGCGGAUGAAUUACUAGAGAUAAAUGGGCAAAUACUCUACGGAAGGACUCAUCAGAAUGCUUCCUCAAUAAUCAAAUGUGCACCAUCUAAAGUGAAAAUAAUCUUUAUCAGAAAUAAGGAUGCAGUAAAUCAGAUGGCUGUUUGCCCUUCAAAGUCAGUAGAGGCUUCACAGGGUACUUCAGGGACACUUCAGCAUCAAGAGAUUGAUAUCAGUGCUGCAAACUCCAGUGCUUGUUCUGACUUCAGUUCAUGUAAAAACAUUCAGUAUGUGGAACUCCCUAAGGAUCAAGGAGGGUUGGGAAUUGCCAUUAGUGAAGAAGACACAGUUAAUGGAGUAGUUAUUAAGAGCUUAACAGAUCAUGGUGCAGCAGCAAAGGAUGGACGAAUCAAAGUCGGAGAUCAGAUCCUGGCAGUGGAUGAUGAAAUUGUUGUGGGAUAUCCAGUAGAAAAGUUUAUUAGUCUCCUGAAGACAUCCAAAACUAUGGUGAGGCUUACAAUCAACUCAGCAGAGAUGGAUAACCUGACUGCAGCACCAGUCCCUUCCAGCACUGCCCCAGCAGAGAGGAGGAGUACGCAGCCGCCAGCAACUGUCCCCUCUUCCAGCUCACCAGAACCAGAAGCAGUCAAAAAUACAAGCAGGUCUUCAACUCCAGCCACGUUAGCCUCUGACCCAGCUACUUGUCCCAUCAUUCCUGGAUGUGAAACAACCAUUGAUAUCUCCAAAGGGCGGACUGGUCUUGGUCUGAGCAUUGUUGGAGGAGCAGACACUUUGCUGGGAGCUAUCAUUAUCCAUGAAGUAUAUGAAGAAGGAGCAGCAUCUAAAGAUGGGAGACUGUGGGCUGGGGAUCAGAUAUUAGAGGUGAACGGGAUUGACCUUAGGAAUGCCACACAUGAUGAAGCGAUAAAUGUCCUCCGACAGACUCCCCAAAAAGUUCGUCUCACUGUGUACAGAGAUGAGGCCCAGUACAAGGAGGAAGACAUGUAUGAUGUACUCAAUAUAGAGCUCCAAAAGAAGCCUGGCAAAGGCCUCGGGCUGAGUAUUGUUGGGAAAAGAAAUGAUACAGGGGUGUUUGUGUCAGACAUCGUCAAAGGAGGAAUAGCAGAUACAGAUGGGAGAUUGAUGCAAGGAGACCAGAUAUUGACAGUGAAUGGAGAAGAUGUUCGAAAUGCUAACCAGGAGGCUGUUGCAGCUUUGCUAAAGGUCAGUGAAGGAAGUGGCAGUCUCUCAUCGUUCAGUUUGCCGGUUUCUGGGUCCAGUGCACCUGAGGUCUUUGAAAGUAGUCUGAAGAAGAAUAUCACAGCUUCUGAAAUACAGGGACUACGAACAGUUUUAAUAAAAAAGGGCCCUGCAGAUUCACUAGGAGUGAGCAUUGCUGGAGGCGUAGGAAGUCCUCUUGGAGAUGUUCCUAUAUUUAUUGCCAUGAUGCAUCCGAAUGGAGUUGCAGCUCAGACUCAGAAACUCAGAGUUGGGGACAGGAUUGUUAGCAUCUGUGGAACAUCUACUGAGGGCAUGACUCACUCCCAAGCUGUUAGUCUCUUAAAAAAUGCUUCAGGCACUAUUGAGUUGCAGGUUGUAGCUGGAGGAGAAGUAAGUGUCAUAACUGGUCAGCAGCAGGAUCCACCUACGUCCAAUCUUUCAUUUGUGGGACUAACUUCAACCAGCAUUUUUCAGGAUGAUUUAGGACCUCCUCAGUACAAGACCAUUACUCUGGAUAGAGGACCAGAUGGCCUAGGCUUUAGUAUUGUGGGCGGUUAUGGCAGUCCCCAUGGGGACUUACCCAUUUAUGUGAAGACGGUGUUUGCAAAGGGUGCAGCAGCAGAAGAUGGACGCCUGAAGAGGGGGGAUCAAAUAAUUGCUGUGAAUGGGCAGAGUUUAGAAGGGGUGACCCAUGAGGAAGCGGUUGCUAUUCUGAAAAGGACAAAAGGAACAGUCACUUUGACUGUUUUGUCGUGAACAGGCUGCCCAAAGGGAUAGGGUCAAUAACACUAUAUUAUUUACAUUCCGCAUAGCAAAGAGAAUGGAAAUGUUUAUAUAGCCUUCUUGCUCUUUCAGCUUCACAGGACUCUGUUACAACACUGAAGAAAGAUAACAUUUAACCAUACUUUUUGUGUACAAUAGAAGUGUUUCACUCACUGUCAAACCACUGGGAUGGAGUUAUGUCAACUGUGGAAAGACGUGGAUAUUUUUCCUACUAGUAUUAUAACGAAUGCUUGUAAGCCACCAAAAAAAACCCAGGAAUGCUUGCGUUAA